AUGGAAUCUUCUUGUAACAAACUCUCUGAUAUUGAUCUUACAAUCUCUGAAGUUGCUGCAGUGCUUCGUAGUUUAGACCCCAAUAAAGCGUGUGGACCAGAUGGUAUUCCGAGCAGAAUUCUGUCCAAGGUCGCCGAUGAGAUUGCUCCUUCACUUUGUAUUCUUUUCAAUAUGUCUCUCUCUCUUGGAGUGGUACCUGCUAAGUCGAAGUUUGCCAAUAUUACCCCUAGGCCUGUUUUUAAAAAAGAUGAUCCCACCAUAACAUCGAACUACAGACCAAUCUCUUUGCUUUGUGUUAUCUCCAAAGUAUUGGAACGUUGCGUUUUUAAUCACUGUUAUCAUCACCUCUCCCCUUCUUUCUAUCAAUUUCAACAUGGAUUUCACAAGGGUAAAUCAACGACAACACAACUAUUAGAAGUAUACCAUGACAUCCUGGACUCCGUAGCAUCCGGUAACGAAGUUGAUGUAAUCUAUCUUGACUUAUCAAAAGCCUUUGAUAAAGUCCCUCACAAUUUGUUAUUACUCAAACUAAAGCAUCAUGGUAUCAACGGAUCUCUUCUUUCUUGGUUUGGUAGUUACCUCACAGAUAGGUACCAAAGAGUUGCUCUAGACGGAUCAUUCUCUUAUUGGCUUCCUGUCACGUCCGGUAUACCACAAGGUUCUAUACUCGGUCUAUUGUUGUUUGUUUUAUACGUCAAUGAUGUCCCUAACUACAUUCAGUACAACUCAUCAAUUGCUUUGUUUGCUGA